AUGUGGGUGGAUGCAGGGACCAGUAGCUCAGGCUGGCUGAGCUACUGGUCAAGCAAUGAGCCCAAUUCAGCGAAAGAAACCUGCGCAGUAGCAAACUUUGACCCUGGCUACCAAAGGAGAUGGGAGGACUGGGACUAUUCUAAGCAUGUGGUGAAGCUGAAGCUGGUGAGAAACUCCUACCUGGAUCUGAACGACUCCACCCUGCAGCAGGCUCCAGUCUCCUCUGAACGUCACUACCAUUUCAUUUAUGAGCCAAAGAACUGGACUGAUGCUCGGAGCUACUGCAGAGAAACCUACACCGACCUGGUUACCGUGGACAACCAAGAGGUCGUGACGAUCCUGAACAACAUGGCCGAUCCGCAGCAGAUGGACUCCACGACUGUCGCCUGGAUCGGUUUGUACCAUGAGGAGAUCAGAUGGAAGUGGUUGUCUGGAGGUUUUUACCAAAGUGAGGAGCUGAACUUCCAGAACUGGGAGCGGAGCGAGCCGAACCUCCCUUGGUACAUACCGUCCUGUGGGGUGAUGGACAGCUCUGGGAUGUGGUACGAUGCGUUGUGUGGAAACAACAAUUACCCGGUUUGCUCCAAUGGGUCAGAAGAGGAGACGGGGGUUUUCUUCGUCGACGCUGGGAUGAGCUGGGAGGAGGCUCAGAGCUACUGCAGGGAACAUUACACAGACCUGGCCUUUCCCACAAACCAGUCUGAGAACUUAUACAUAGAAUCUUGGAUACCAAAGGGCAAGUAUGGCUGGAUCGGCCUUUACCUAGACUCCUGGAAGUGGUCGGACGGACACAUGUACGGGUUUCAACACUGGGCAGAGGGCAAACCUGAUGUUGAGACGGUGCCAUGCAGCGUUGCGACCUUUGGCAGCUCUGGCGUCUGGGUUGACUGGACAUGUGAUGAAAUGAAGCCAUUUAUCUGCCACCAUGACUCUCCGUCCUUCACAAUACAAGUGGUGAAAGUGAAGCUGGUGGGAAACUCGGCUCUGGAUCUGAACGAUCCUGCGGUCCUGGAAAACAUGAAGGAGGAGCUCCAGCAGCAGCUGAAGCAGCAGAGCGUGGAAGCAGACGUCAAGCUGAGCUGGAAGAAACAGCAGGAUGGAAAAAUCUUCCACCAGGAGGAGGAAACAGACCUGCAGUUUCUGGGCUCCGUCUGGUCUCUCCCUGUACGUCAGUACCACUUCAUCUAUGACCCAAAGAACUGGACCGAGGCGCAGAGUUACUGCAGGCAGCGCUACACGGACCUGGUCACUGUGGACAGUCUGAACAUGGUGACCAUGCUGAACGGCAUGGCAGACGUGAGCAGAAUGGGAUCCACUGCAGACGCCUGGAUCGGUCUGUACUUUGAUGUGAUCAGCUGGAGAUGGUCGCUGUCAGACGGAGGUUUCUACAGAGCAGAUGGAAACUACAGAUACUGGUCAGCUGGUGAGCCAAACAGCGCCUGGUACACAGUGGACUGCACUCACAUGUAUGAUAAUGGAUACUGGAACGACGCUCCCUGCCAGUGGCUUUAUGGGUUCAUCUGUGCCAACACCAGCGGACAGACCGCAAAAUUUUUCUACAUCAGCACAUCAAUGAACUGGACCGACGCUCAGAGCUACUGCAGGCUGCACUACACAGACCUGGCCAGCGUCAGGAGCCUGCAGGAGAACGAGCAGAUAAGGACUGCGAGGCCUGCAGGUCUGACCGUCUGGAUCGGUCUCUACAAAGACACCUGGAAGUGGUCCAACAGAAACCUGUUCCUGUUUUCCUACUGGGCAUCAGGACAGCCUCAAGGCGGGGUGGAAAACUGCACCGUGGCAAACUUCAGACUCUCCGGUCAGUGGGAGGACUGGCCAUGUGGCUUAGAGAAGACCUUCGUCUGCUACCAUGACACUGAACCUUUCACACGACACACAGUGAAGGUGAAGCUGGUGGGAAACUCGGCUCUGGAUCUGAACGACCCUGCAAUCCUGGAAAACCUGCGGAAGGAGGUAAGAGUCUCGACACGAAGCUUUUAGCUGGAUAAACAAACAAUGAAGUGAAAAAAACUUUUUGUUUUACCUGUUUAAUAAUCUGAGCAUGAAAUAUGGAAGAAAAUCGUUUUGUAAACUGUAACUAAAACCAUGUAACAACAUUUUAAUUGACCAAUAAAAAUAUUGCUCUGAAUAAAAAUAAAAUGUUUCCACCUGCAUCGACCGUCUGUGAAAACAGCUUGAAUUUAUCUCAUUGGUUGACAGAAGGUCAGUCCAGAUGCAACAAGCGGCCGCUGAUCCAAAUCUUCAGAUUGUGAAGACAAAUUAAUCUGAUUGCAAAUCAGAUUAAUCAUAAAAUAUUCAUA